AUGUUUACCAAAUCAUUGAAAUAUUUGAUAAUAGCAUUUCUUAUAUCUACACAUAAAUCAAUUCCUAUUGUUUCAUAUGCAUUUAGAUUUUACUAUCAUGUAAUUACAGGUUUAUUAGCAUCUAGAUUUAAAUAUAAUUCAACAAAGUUAAAUUCAUUUGGUUUUAAUUCACCAGAGGAUUUAUUCAAAUGGAGCACCUUACAUUCAAGAGUUUCUCCAUUGGAAGUAGAUAUGUACUUGCAUAAAUCCAAUUCAACUUAUUUCUUAGAUUUAGAUAUUGCUAGAACAAAAUUGUUGACUAGAUUAUUUCAAAAAUUUUGGUGGAUCUAUUUUGAUAAUGAAAAAGGAAUAAAAGGAAGAAAAAAGGGUUCAAUUUCAAACUUUCCAUAUGCUCCUGUUGCUACUGUUUCAUGUCAUUUUAAAAGGGAAUUGAAACCGUUUGAAAAAUUUGCAAUUAGUUCAAGAAUUUUGGCAUGGGAUAAAAAAUGGUUGUUCGUUGUAAGUAAAUUUACAACAAACAACGGAAAGACAAUUAAUGCAAUUGCAUUAACUAAAUAUGUUUUUAAAACUGGUAGAUUAUCAAUUGCACCAAUCGAAUAUAUUACAGAUUGUAAUUUUGCUUCAUUAGAAAAUGACAAGAUUAAUGAAAAGAACAUAAAUUUAGUUAACCAUAUGAUUGAUACCGAAGAUUUGGAAAAAUUAGUAGAAAUAUAG